UUCCAAACCCACAUCCUCCGCGCCGCCCGCCCGCGACCUCGCCUUCGCCAUGCUGCUGCUGCAUGACGCCCUCGCCCACCCCAAGUGGGUCGACCACUUCGUUGCCAAGGCGCACUCAACGGGCGCAGUCCUCGAAGACUUGCAGCUUGAGAAGCUCCAGGACGUCCUCGUCGCGUCUGCGGGCGGCGACGCGAAGGCGACAACGGCGCUCACGGCCGCGUCUGCUGGCCACAUCUUAGAGGGCGUUUACUUUGCAGUCGCCCAUAUGGCCACGUUGCGCGAGACGAUGUGGGGCGGCUGCGACGACGAGUACCGUAUCUUCCACAAGCGACGACGGUCCGGCGCGACGCCGCGGCCCUUUCUCUGCAUCGCGCGGUCGCCCGAGUCGCGCAAGACUGGCCUCAGCCGCGUCGACAUGGUCCGUGCGUAUGGCAAGCCUGGGCGGUCGGCGAUUGUUAUCUCUGCCCAAGUCGUGCACGCCGAUCGCGCACGCCACCCGCUGCGAUGGCACUACUUGUGCCGUCGUGCUGCAACAGUGGCGCAGUCUGAUCUCCCGCCUAUCGUCAAGCUUGUGGACUUGACGCAGUGGAAGCGCGUGCUUAGAGUCCUCGACAUGGACCCCACUCUUCGCUGCACCUUUCUGGCCAAAGUGGCCGCGUAUGUGUUGCUGCUCGCGCAAGUACCGGCGCCACUCGUGCCCAUGGCUCGGACUGCAAUCAAGCGUUCUACGCCGUCGACACCCACGCGUCGUCUCGCGCGCCCGAUCAAGGCGAUGCGCAUGAGCCCCAGCAAGCACGGCAGCAAGCAGAUCCUGGCGACACGUCGUUUGUUGAUCACGACGACGAAGGCGCAGCGCACGACGCCCGCCGCCGCAUUGUCGUGUUCGUCCGAGCAACUUGCAUCGCUUCUGCAGACCACGAUCGAUGGACUUCACCAAAUGCAGACCCAGUUGAAGCUGCUCACAACGACCGUGCUCACAACCAGCGUUCAACCCGCCAUGAAGACGCAGCGUCGCCGCCACUCGUCCUGCAACUAGGUAGCUAGUGCUUGGUUGUGGUUGUCCAGAUAAUACAAGAGACGGUUUUGAAUGCACC